CCGGGAGGCGGUCCUGGUCAGGUGCUCUGCCCCGAGGCGGCUGCAGGUGAGCCGCUGCAAGUUCAAGGGGCGCCGUUCGCUUUCGCCACCUCCCAGCUCUCCGCACGGGUCUGCGGGAGGGAGGCCCCUCCAGACUCACCCUCCAGGUGUCCCAAGCCCAUGCGGACCGUCCGGAUCGCUGUGAGGAUUAUCUUGCACUGAACUGAUCACAUACUUUGAAAAUGACUGCAAAACUUCUCUGGGUAUCCUUCAUACUUGCUGCAUUAAUAUUUUCAAUUACAUUUUCCCUCCAACCAGACCAGCAAAAGGUUCUCCUGGUUUCAUUUGAUGGAUUCCGUUGGGAUUACUUAUAUAGAGUUCCAACACCCCAUUUUCAUUAUGUCAUGAAAUAUGGUGUUCAUGUGAAGCAAGUUACUAAUAUUUUUAUCACAAAGACCUACCCUAACCAUUAUACUUUGGUAACUGGCCUCUUUGCAGAGAAUCAUGGGAUUGUUGCUAAUGACAUGUUUGAUCCUAUUCUGAAUAAAUCUUUCUCCUUGGAUAACAUGACCAUUUAUGAUUCUGAGUUUUGGGAGGAAGCAACGCCAAUAUGGAUCACAAAUCAGAAGGCAGGACAUUCUAGUGGUGCAGCCAUGUGGCCUGGAGCAGAUGUAAAAAUACAUAAUAGCUUUCCUACUCACUAUAUGCCUUAUAAUGAAUCUGUCUCAUUUGAAGAUAGAGUUGCCAAAAUUAUUGAAUGGUUUACAUCAAAAGAGCCCAUAAAUCUCGGUCUUCUUUACUGGGAAGACCCCGAUGAUAUGGGCCACCAUUUGGGACCUGAGAGUCCGCUCAUGGGGCCUGUCAUUUCGGAUAUUGACAAGAAAUUGGGAUAUCUCAUACAAAUGCUAAAGAAGGCAAAGUUGUGGAACAUUCUGAACCUAAUUAUCACAAGCGAUCACGGAAUGACCCAGUGCUCUGAAGAAAGAGUAAUAGAACUUGAUCAGUAUCUGGAUAAAGACCACUAUAUUCUGAUCGACCAAUCUCCAGUAGCGGCCAUCUUGCCAAAAGAAGGUAAAUUUGAUGAAGUCUAUGAAGCACUAGUUCACAGUCAUCCUAAUCUCACUGUCUACAAAAAAGAGGAGAUUCCGGAGAGAUGGCAUUACAAAUACAACAGCCGAAUUCAACCGAUCAUAGCAGUGGCUGAUGAAGGGUGGUAUAUCUUACAGAACAAGUCAGACAGCUUUCUGUUAGGCAACCACGGUUACGAUAACGCGUUAGCAGAAAUGCGUCCGAUAUUUUUAGCCCACGGUCCUGCCUUCAGAAAGAAUUUCACAAAAGAAGCCAUGAACUCCACAGAUCUGUACCCGCUACUCUGCCACCUGCUGAAUAUCACUGGCAUGCCACACAACGGGUCGUUGAGGGGCGUCCAGGAUCUGCUCCGUUCAACGACCCCAGGAGGGUUUCCUUACACGCAGAGGCCCACCCUCCUCCGUGGUAGGGUCAAGCCAAGGGAAGAUGAGCACGAGGCGUCGUAUGCGUAUUUCCUGGGGGUCUCUCUUGGCAGCAUUUUGGUUCUCGUAUUUUUUGUAAUUUUCAUCAAACAUUUAAUUCGCAGUCAAAUACCUGCCUCACCAGAUAUGCAGGCUGAAAUAGCUCAACCAUUACUACAAGCCUAAUGCUACUUUCAAGUGGAGGUUGUGUAAUGCUGUCCGUGUUUAAGGGUUUCAAAUUCUAGGAAACCAGUUUCGGACAUUCGCGCAGAUCAGUAAACAGUUACAUACAUAUACAGGCACAGCCCCCCCGCACACACACACACGCUCACACACACGCACGCAUACACACAUACAUCAAACACACACAUAGACCAAAUGCCCAUACCUAUAAAGGAUUAAAAUGAGGAAGCAUAUUUCUGUGGCUUUCUGUGGCUUAGGGGUAGAUAAAAUCCUGCUUUAUUUGGACUUGGCACAUACAAUGUAUAUAUUUAGCAACUUUGCACUAUCUAAAGUUCCUUAUACAUUGCACUUUAAAUUACUCUCCUAAAGGGUACUUUUAUGCGAAAUGCACUUUAUUGACAAUUAUGUCUUCUAGCUUGGUUGACAAAGACAAUUUUUUCGGCCAACGUCGCAGAAUACUUUUUAUUUCUUGUUCAAGCUGAAUGAAAUUUCUAACAAUUCCUGAAUACUGUAGAAAUCUAUCCCCUUAUACUGGGAAUGCAAGAAGAAAGUCAAAACUGUUGCAAAUUAAAUGUGAUGACAUUGAAGUUUGGAAAGACACAUUCCCAAUAGCAGGACUCAUCUGUGGGCAUUUCUUCUCAUACUUCUUUUUAAAAGACAUGGGUUUUCAUUUUAUGCUUCUUAAAAAAAAAAAAAAAAAAAAAAGACUCAAGUGCUGACAAGUUUGUCCUAAACAUACUGUUUCUGUCAUGAAACUCAUUGUUUCUGAUGAGUCAUUUUGCUCUGAUUAUAUGAUAAUGAAGACACCAUAAACACAGAUAGAUGUCCUUCCUACAUAGUCCAGCACUGGCCUGUUCUGAACAGAAGAGAUUGGGGACCACCUCAGCAAUGUCUUCCCUUGUUCUGUAAUUCUCUGCUCCUUCGAAAACCGAAUCACUGCUAAUCACAUUAAAAAUCAAAAUAGAUACAACGAUGUUUCUUUUCUUUCUGGUAACGUGUAGGAAGAGAGUACGAGCAUCUUUAAGAUUUGAGCACUUUCAGAUCCACAGGCGAGAGAGAGCUCAAGCUGUGUAGGCCACUCCGUUCUCAAAAAGGGCUGUGAGGAGCUAGGGAAGGAACAUUAGGUGGGACUGUGCCGGAGAUGUUCGCACUGUACCCAGAGCAGUGCUAAAGGACGCCUGAUGGCAGAAAUCGGCAAAAUAGCCCCUAGAGGGGACAGGUAUCGAAGCAAGGGGAGCUGAGAUCAUAGCCUUAUUUUCAUGAAAUAUCUGGAUGCCCCCUCACCGCGUGCUCCGUGAGAUCAAAGAUGAAGCCAAGGUCACAGGCUUCGACCACCUGGGUAGUUUUAUCAUCUGCCUGGACACUCAGCUCUUCUCAUCCCGACCACCAAAGCUGUGCUUUAGAUCUCUGAAGUAGUCAGGCUGGGGAGACCUAUGGUUUACCUGCAGUUUCUUAGAGGAAAGAGAAAACCCUGGAAAGAACAGCUUUCUUCGGAAAAAAAAAAAACAA